AUGCGACGGGCGGUGUUAUUUUUGAUCCUUGCCGGGGCCUGGCAAUUGGUGGCUUCGGUCGCCGCUCCGGCGUCGGCCGAAGAGGCUCUAGUGCCAGCCGACCAGGCGUUGCGCUGGUUGCGCGAGUACGUGCAGAUCGACACCACCAACCCGCCCGGCAACGAGCACCCGGCGGCCGAAUACUUGGCAGCGGUGCUGGCUGCCGAGGGCAUCGAGAGCCAGCUGCUGACCAGUCCCGGCGGGCGCACCAGCCUCUAUGCGCGAGUGACCGCCGGCCGGUCGAAUGGCGGCGCGUUGCUACUAAUGCACCACCUGGACGUGGUGCCGGCAAGCGCCGGCUGGAGCCAGCCGGCGUUCUCCGGCCGUUUGCAUCAGGGGCAAAUCUGGGGUCGCGGGGCGCUCGACUCGAAAAGUCUGGGAAUUGCCCAGCUGGUCGCCUUGAUCCGCGCUCACCGAGUUGCCGAGACCUUGGAGCGCGAUCUGGUGCUGCUGGCGGUAGCCGACGAGGAGGCCGGCGGCGCCGAAGGGGCGGGUUUUCUACUGCAGCAGCACGGCGAGUUGCUAGGGCAGAUCGCCGGGGUGCUCAACGAAGGCGGCUCGAAUCGGGUAGUCGGUAAUCGGCUGGCUUUCUGGGGUAUCGAGGUCACCCAGAAACGACCGCUGUGGUUGCGAGUGUCGGUCGAGGGGCGCGGUGGACAUGCUUCGGGUUUUUUCCCCGACAGUCCGCUACACCGGCUGCUAGAGGGUCUGGCGCGGUUGGCGACACGACCGCCGCGGCCGCGGGCCAAUCCGGCGGCAGGCGACUACCUCGCCGGUCUGGCACGACUCGAGAAUGCUCCGCCCGAGCACCUCUAUUUCAAUCUAGACCAGGCGAUCGAUGGCCAGUCCGCGGCCGGGCUACCGCCGGGGGUCAUGAGCUACUUUCUCGACUCGCUACAGGUCACCACUGUCGCCGGUGGCGAGAGCGUCAACGCGGUGGCUUCACGGGCUAGCGCGACCCUUGAUAUCCGGCUGCUGCCCGAUACCGAUGGCGAUGCCUACCUGGCCGAGCUUCGCGAGCAGCUCGGUGAAGAUGUCGAGGUAGAGGUCUUGCUCUCGGCCCCCCCGGCACCAGCUUCGCCGACUUCCGGAGAGGUCUUCGAGGCCUUGCGACGAAGCCUCGAACGCGGCAUUCCCGCCUAUGGCUUUUCGCCCUUCGCCCUACCGUCCGGCAAGCGCUACGGGAUCCACGGCACGGACGAGCAUUUGCCGCGGGCCGCGUUUCUUCGCGGUGUGGAAACCCUCUGGCGGGUGGUCAAGACCUGCAUAGGUGCCGAAGAGCCGGUGCCCCCGCCUAGCUGA